CCCUCCUCCUCCUCCUCCAUCAUCUCCAUCCCUAGUUCUCCAGCAGCAGCAGAGCCCCUCGGAGGCGCCCGCCCGGGCCGGCACACGCCCCCUGCCCGCCCCUCCCUCCCUGCCGUGGUGCCAGCCAGAGAGCCCCUGCCCUGGAUGCCACACCAUGCCCGGCGAAGCCAUCCCAGCCCAGGAGGCGGAGGCGGCGGCGGCUGCUGCUCCGCUGCUGCCCAGGGACCCCGGCGUCCGGAAGGCACCUGAGCCAGAUGGCUCUCGGAGCACUUCCACCUCCUCUACCCCCAGUGGCGAUGCUCUGACUCCGCUGCAGAUCUCCCCGAUGGCCUCCCCCGACUGCCAGGCCAGCCUCCCCACGGAUCCCACCCUCUGUGGCAAGGGAGUGCCCCCCUUCCUGCCAGUGAGGAAGGAAGACCGGCCUCAGCCAGAAGGAGCGAGCUCCGACACCACCGUUGGCAACGCCACAUCUGGCCUGGUGGCGCUGAGCGAGUGUGGCCAGGUCGUGAUGGAGGAGCCGGCCCCCCAAGCCAACAAGGUGGUCCCCCAAGGCCUUGGAACUCCUCCAGCAAACUUGGACAUUCUGGACACCAGGAUAGUUAUGGGAGAGGAGACGCAUUGCCUGAGCGAGGAGGAGGAGGAAGAGGAGGGCGGGGCUGAGGUGCAAGCAGCACCCAAAGCAACUCCCUUGGAGACCAGAUCUGGGGACGAGGAAGCAAGCGACGUGGAAGAGCAGGCCCUGGAGGCCGCGGAGGAAGUGCCGGGGAAGCCUCCCCAUCCAGUCGCAAAAGGUUUGGGCAAUCAGCACGCUUGUCUUUACCUGCCUGGCCUUCUGCCGUGCAAGGAGCCGGAGGCAGCGGCAGCAUCUCUCUCUCAGGGUGACCCCACGGCUGAUGUGCCUUCCCCGUCUCCCACGCUCACCAAAGACCUUCCCCCAGAGCUGUCUGGCUCCCAGCCCCUGCCUGUCAGGCACCCCUGCGGCCUGGAUCCGGACCUCUACUUCACAGCUCCCUCCACCCCCAUCAAGACUGUCUACUCCCACCUCAGGCAACCCCCCUUCUCCAAAGAGAGCCUGAGUGAGGAGCAGAGCGACAUGGACACGGAAGGCCUCUACUCCCAGUCCCCGCCCACCUCGCCCUCAGGGUCUUACAUCACUGCGGAGGGAGGCAGCUGGGCCUCCUCGGGUACCGCCAGCACCUCCCCUUCCUGCUCGCCAAACCUGAUCGCCGAGUCUGAAGCCAUGGAGGCCCCGGUGGCUGAUGAUGAGCCCCUGUCGGAGGUGGAGCUUUCUGAAGGGGCGCCCUCACUUCCUGGGAUGACAUGUGUGUUGCCUGAGCUGGAGGGAGAGGUGGCUUUCCAGAUGCUCUCUUCCUGCACCUUAGUUCACUCUCCGCUUCCUGCUGAGGAGGAGGGCGAAGAUGAUGGGCAGACCACUCCAGAGGAAGAUGAAGACUGGGGUUCCGAAAUGGCUACCUCCAGGCCCCUCCUCCAGACCCUGGAGCAGGUGACUCCAUCUUGGCCAAAGAGCAGUGGAGACUCUGGGGGAGAAGCAGACCUGAGCUCCGGUCCUUUGGGCCACCAACUCUUCACGCCGGAGAGCUUGCCUUCGGAUGAGGCUGGAUCCGAGGACUUUGUGAAAGAGUUCGUAGGGUCUAAAUUCAGCCCCUUGUCCUGUUCACUUGCUGCCUUCUCAGGGCUUGUGCCUGAGCCCAGUAAUGCACCCGGAGAGAACACCUCUGAGGCCAGCAGGCCACAAGCAGAGACCGAGGCUUCCUCCCCUGAGGACGGCGUGGAGAAUGACCAGAUGAUUCCUGCCUUGCUCCUUCCGUUCCGUGGGAGCCUCAUCUUUGAGGCAGAAUCAGUGGAGAUCACACUGUUCCCCCAGGGGGAGUCUGUGGAAAACGAUGCCCUCUACGGGGCGGAGGAUGAGGACAGCACGGCGGCCUCGUUCUUGCACUCCCUCUCGGAAACCUCCAUCAACGAAGGCGUGGACGAGUCCUUUGCCUUCCAGGAUGACACCUCUCAGUCCUCCGACUCGGCCUCCUAUAAUGGAGAGGAGGAUGAGCGUCUCUACAGCAUUGAGCAGUAUGCUGUGGUCACAGAAGCUGCUCGCGAAGAGAUCGGAUCUUCCCGGGAAGGCCCAGAACCAGAAUUGUCCCACUCGGGCAGCGAGAGCGAGAUGGAGACCUCAUCCGAUGCUUAUAACACAGAUGAGGACAAUGCCCCUGCUGGAGCCCGUGAAGUGCAGCUACAGGCCAGAGAAGUAGAGGGGACUGGACCUUCCUGGGCUGAGGCUAAAGAGGAGGAGGGACCCCAGGGGUUUGACGUCAAAAGCAUCUUGGACUUGGAGACAGAAAAUGCUUCUAGACCUCAAGGUAUCCCAGAGCAGGAGGGCUCUGGUGACUCUUCUAAAUGUCCAAGAAGUAGCAGUGUAUCUCCCACUGGUAGAAGGUGGGGGUCUCCUCUGAAGCAGGGCAACGCAGCCAUGUCUGGCAUGUUGGGUGACACAACCAGAGACGGAGAAGAUGACGAGGAGUCUCUAGAGGAAACUGGUUCCUCCCUAGAGUCUCAGCCUCUCUCAGAUGCACAAGAGGUUGUGGAGAAAGAUGUUCCUGAUACGGAAGAGUGUUUGGUUGCCUGCUUUGAUGGAGAUUCUCUUCCUGCUUUGGACAACGCCACAGAGAAGCCUCGGAGCAUGGACCAAAUUGCCAAAGAAUGGAUAGGCCAGGUUUGUGUGGGAACUGCCAUCCCUCUGGGGUGGGAGCCGAAGCUGUAUCCCAUGCAGUUUGCAGAGCCGACUGUCGGGGAGGCCCAUGACUCAUCUGCCUUUGACAUCAGUGCGAGGCUAAAGGAGUCUGAGGAGCAGCUGCUGGAGCUCCUCGACCAGGAUGGCGCCUCGGGAGGAGGCUCCCUGGAACUGGGAAGGAGCAAUGGAGGGUCCCUGGACCCUGAGCCGGAGGAGAGGGAGGCUCGGUUUGUGCCUCUCCUGGAAUCCUUUGAGGCGGCCAUCUUGGAACAGCCAGAAGCAACUCGAGCAGACAACGAGCCAGCAGAAGAGUGCCUUAUCGCCUGCUUCGAAUCGGAAGACGAACUUGAGGAAGCCUCAUCUCUCGAUCAGAUGAACAACAACGAGGACUGCAUGGUGGUAACAUUCUCCGAGGCAAAAGAGGAUACUCGGCCGCUCAUGGGGUUAAAUGAUACACAAGAGAACAUCUCUGGGGCGGCCAGUGACGUCCCCUUGGAGGCAGCAGCACACCUGUGUCAAGAAUAUCCUCUGCCCCACGUGGAUGUUGAGUCUGCUGAUGUCCAGAGCUCUGGCCUCCAUGGGGUACAGAGAGAGUCAAGGGGGCUGGAGAUGGAGUCCUGGAUGGGGCAUCUCUCCAUGGAGCAAGCACAUCCAGGUGGUGUCUCCCCAGAACUGCAUGUGCUGUGCUUGGAGACGGGGGAGACCAAAGAUUCCAGCAAGGGAGAAUCUUUGGCCAAGGAAAGCUGCUACACGCCGACGUUGGUAGAAGCAGGCGGCCAUGCUGAAGAAGCACAAGAGGAAGCCAAGGAGAAUGCCGAGAGCCAGUCUCAGCUGGGGGGAGAAGGUCUUGGAGCAGACGGGCCAAAGGGAGGGGCUGGGAGGCUGGAGGAGCAGCCGCCAGCAGUCCUGGAAGAGAGUGAUGCAGACCAGAUUUGGGAAACCCCCUCCGAGGAGACCACUUCGGAACUUGACAGUGAAGAAGGCAGCAGAGUGGACUCGAUUACCGAAGCCCCGCUACCAGCUGCUGCCUUUCAGCUGGGAGACCCACCUGAUGCCCCACACUUGCCUGCAGAUGCCCUGGAUGCAUCUGGAAACCCCCACUGGAUGCCCUGGCAUGCCCUGGAGACCCCGGCUGCCCAAGGAAUUAGAGUGCACCCCUUGGCUGUCGAGCAGCCACACCUGAGAGAUGAUAACAUGAAUGUGCUGCAGGCUGAGAGGAAUGAAGCUCGCUCUGUGCUGGCUGUCAGUGCGCUCGAAGGGGAUGCACCCCUGCUGGCAAGCUCCAGUGGACAAACGGAGCACGGAGAAAGCGAGCUGGCUCUCUCCCCUGCAUCUGAGCUGACUGGUGGCCAAACUCGCCACCCUGAGCCAGCAGGCAGAGAGAAGGCCACUGAAUGCUCAUGGCUCGGAGAUGCCCAGAUUCCAGAACUCCAGGAAGCGACCCAAGAUGGCGAGCUGGCCAUGGCGCUGGAAACGGAGGCUCAGCACAAGGUGGGGUGCCUUGAAAUGGCCACAUCUCUGCCUGCUCUAGAGGGCGGCUAUCCAUCGCACUCCAAAGCCCCGGGGCCCGGAACUGCUUCACCCCCUCCUCCUGUGGAAAAGAGGGAGAUGCCUCCCACGGACAGCAUCAGUGACCUGCCCAGACGAGACGUGCAGGUGGGGAAGAAGACCUUUGCUCAAGCUUUGCUUCAAGGUCUCUUGCUGACUCCAGACGUCAAGCCCGCUGCCCGUGAGAAGGAGCUGGACACCCCCGUCUCUGCUGCCCCUGAGCUGCUGUCGGAGUCCUCUCCACUGCACUCCCCUGCAGAUUCCAGCUUCUUCACCGCUGCUGAGGACCUUUCAGUGGAGACCCUUGUGCUGUCUACAUCUCUGGGCUCUGAGCCGGAGGAGCCAGAGACGCCGGAGCGAGCAGGAGACAGCCCAGCCAACUUGGGACAGGAGAGGCCUCCUCCACGAGAACCUCCCCAAGAACCGCAGGAAGCGCCUUCCGUGUUGGCGCCAUCGGUGCUGGAGCCCGAAGAAGCCGAGGCUGAACCUUUGGCUGCCCCCCUGCAGAUGCCGGUGGCAGAGGGGCCUCUGGAGCGGAACAUGGCUCUGUGUCUGCACUCCUCAGCCCAAGGGCCCCGCUCAGCCAGCUCCCGGCGGGCCCUGGCACCAAGGGGCCCCUUGCCUGGGCUUCCCGAUCGCCAGCCCCUCUUCUUUGCUUCCGAAGAGGAGAUCUUCCUGAGUGAUCUCAAGGACCCUCCGUGUGACCUUUCCAGUGGAAAUGGCCGAGUGGAGCAGGCGGGGGCUGUGGAAUAUUCAGAGCCCCUGAGCACGUCUCUGGCUGCUUCUGGGACCGUCCCUGCCGAGAGCUCGCUCACCCCCCCAGGCCAGCUGGCGGCACCUCCUGCUGCCUUGUUGCCGAGGCCUCCUGGAGCGGAGGAGGGUCUGGACUUCCUUGCAGACCAGCAGCAGAUCGCCUUGAUGUUGCGAGGGUCCUUUGGGGACCUGAAGGAGCAGAAAGUGCAGGCUCCUCCUCCCACGAGCAGCCUGCUUGUAGAAGCACAAAGCCUUCGAGGCAGCCUUAAGGAGGGCCUCUUGGGGAGCUCCUCUGGAGAAGCCACCCCAGACUUGUCUGAAACGAAAGAUUCUGGAGAGGAGUCGGACUCCCAGACCCCUCCUCCUCCUUGUGACGCUGCUGCCGAAGACCACGAGGCCUCAUCACCUUCUGAGGAAGAGAAAGGCGAGGACCAACAGGAGAAGCUUGAAACUUUGCCUGAAGCAGAGGCAGCUGUCGGCCCGACAGAAGGGGCGCUGGUGGUUGGCGGCCAGCUGGUGGCUUCCAGACCGGAGCUAGCAGAGCAGCCUGCCAAGGAAGCUGUUGGCCUGCCUAGUGGCGAGGAGGUGGAGGAGGUGGCUCAAGCCCCUGAAGGAGCUCCAGCUGCAAGCCUGCCAGAACCGCUUCUGCUACUCCAGAGCCCCAAAGCGGAGGCAUUACUGGAAGAGGGAGCCAGGUCGAUCCGGGAAGAUACAAGGUCGGAGGGUGCCACGGUGGAGGUGAGCCAGCCAGUAAUAAUGAAGAAGAGGGAGGAGGAAGAAGAACCGAUUCCCUCAAACGAUCUUGCUGAAAGCAUGAGACCUCUCAUCCUCGAAGCUCCUGUCUUGUUGCCCAGGGACUCUCCCCCUCCUCCUCCUCCUCCUCCACCACCACAGACCUCCGAAACACCCUUGAAAACUCCUCUUGCUGCUGCUGCUGCUGCUCCUCCUCCUGUCACUCCCUUGCAGCCAGAGCAACCCUCCUCUCCGUUCUUGGAGGAGCCUCCACUCUCACCGCCUCCUUCACCAAGCCCUGAGCCCCAAGAAGUGCCUCCCAUGACACCCUUGCCUCCCCUGGAGAGCCUCCUCCAGGCCCCGGGGGCAACUCCAUGGCUCCCCUCUCCUGUAGCAAGCCCUGAUGAGGAACACGCUCCUGCUGGAGAGACCCUCUUCCUUCUGCACGAGUCCCGGAAGCCGCCUGUGGAAGCCCUCGAGAGUGCCCGGCCUGCUGCGCUGGCUUGCAGAGACCAGCCCCCCAGUAGCAAAGACUCCAGAGGCCGGAACCGGUUGCCUGGCAACAAGGACUCCAGAGGGAAGGACUCGGUCUCGGCAGGGGAGAAGCGAACCGGCCGUGGGUCUCUGCAGCUGGAGUCGAGCUCCUCCAGCGAGAGGGAGCUCUCGUACCACUGCCCCGAGAUCGAGAGCCUGCGGGAAGCUGCUGGGAUAAUGCUCUUGGAAGAGAAGAAGCCCAUGGUGGGGAAGAGGACCCCCGAGGCCAACCAUAAAGGGUCCUGCAAUGACUCAGAAAGCAAUGAAGGGUCUAUCCCUGAACUGGAAGAACCUGAUGUUUCAGAACCACGGACAGCUCAGACGCAGGCUCAGCUAACGCACUCCUUGGGAACUGGCGAAGAAUCCAUCAGCAAAGCAAAGCAGAGCCGGAGUGAAAAGAAGGCACGGAAGGCCAUGUCCAAGCUCGGGCUGCGGCAAAUCCAUGGCGUCACCAGGAUUACGAUCCGCAAGUCCAAAAACAUCUUGUUUGUGAUAACCAAGCCAGACGUCUUCAAGAGCCCUGCCUCGGAUAUUUACAUUGUCUUUGGAGAAGCCAAGAUCGAAGACCUCUCACAGCAGGUGCACAAAGCGGCAGCGGAGAAGUUCAAGGUCCCCAUGGAGCAUUCGCCUUUGAUCACGGAAACUGCCCCCACCCUCACCAUCAAAGAGGAGAGUGAAGAAGAAGAGGAGGUUGACGAAACAGGUCUGGAAGUGAGAGACAUCGAGCUGGUCAUGGCCCAGGCCAAUGUUUCACGCCCCAAAGCCGUGCGGGCACUCCGGCACAACAACAACGAUAUUGUCAAUGCCAUCAUGGAGCUGACCAUGUAGCAACCGGCUGGCAGGCCCACCCAGCCUCUCCCCAGCCUCCUGUAUAGAUGCACAGUUAAGCAUAUCCAAUACAGCUGUUCGUUAGGACUGCAAAUAAUUAGUCCCAACUAUUCUGCAUUGAUGCUGCUGCUCAGUAAACGGUAUAUUCACUUGAA